UUAGCUUUUCGGACAAUGUCACCAUCAUAGAGAAAACAAUCAGUCUGACAGUAUUAUGACACGUAAUCAUGUAAAUUCUGUGUAAAUUAAUAAACUAUUUUAGUAAAGUAUAAAAAAUAAUUAUCAAUGAUUAUGCAACAAUUUUGUUUGGAUUUUAUAUUACAAGCAAUGCUACAUACAUUAUAAGGAGUAGCCGGUGCAUAUAAGGUUACCGACAAUAUGCCGUAUCAUAAAUCUCUUACUUCUUUGUUCAUUGACCUAAUCGUGUUUGUUAGUAUGUUCGCCUUACUUGGACAUCUCUCCAUGAAUUUUUGGGAACGUUUUAUUAUUCAAACAGAUUUCAGCAAUAUGAAAACAAGUCUUCAUACUUUGAAGGAAACAAUAAACAGGAUUGGUUACGCAUACGAUACCCUUCAUCUAGAACUGACUGAAUUAGCAGCGAAAACCGAAAACAAACAAACUGCUGCAACACUUAUAUCGAAAAAAGAAUUAAAACUAUCACAAAGUAAGAAAGAACGAUCUUUAGAUAGACGAACCUUCAAUGAUAUGGAAAUUCAAGCUAUGAUAAAAGAAAGGAAUGCUACCGAUAUUACUAAAUCACUUCAUUCCAAUAAAACUGCCCAAAUUUUUGUAAAUAAUAAGAAAGAUAAAACAGCUCAAUACUCAGAAGCUGAGAAAAAAAAUACCAAAAGCGCCUCUACUAUGACCAGGUUCCCACUGAAAUCAACGGGUGCUGGUCUUGGAUCGGAUGAAUAUAAAACAGAUUAUAACUAUAAUAAAUAUACCAAAUCUAGAAAUAACGUAGAGAAAUGUUGUAAAGAUCGUGGAUGUUAUAACACUAAUGAAAAUUGGAAAUUUUGAUUUACAUGCGAAAGACUGUAACAGGGUUAUUAAUAUUGAUAUCUUUUGCAGAUUGAAUUGGAAAAAAGAAGCAACAAAUCGAUGUCAAUGAGUUUAAUAAAGUAUUUAAAUCAUAUUUUGUCAUUUUAAAAGUAUCCAAAACAUUCACUUCUAAGUUCUUCUGUAUUUUUGCUACCAUCUAGUCAAUCUUGAUUAAUUUUUACUUGCUCUGGCAAUCCAGUUGAGUUUGUUGGUCUCAAUUUAGUUAUAUUUUCCAAGUGUGGUUUAUUGCCAACUUUGGAUAUGGACUCCACAGUUUCAGGAGCCCAAGCAUCGAGAUGACUCUUCUCCAUUGUAGUAGCUAGUGCCCCCAAGAUAUCUAUUUGGCCCUCCAAUUUCGGUAGUUCUUGGGAGAAUUGCGAUAUCUUAACUUCCAAGUCAUAAUAGCUGUCUUUGAUAAUCGAUAAAUUUCUC